UGCGCAUGCGCAGUCUGCUUUGUUGUUUGAGUCAGCUGGUGGCUGUCAAUCUGAUUGACUAAUAGAGGAAAAUAUCAGACAUUCAGCAGCAGGACUGAGACAUAAAUGCUUUCGUCUUUUAUAAUGAAUAAAAUGGUGGACAGUAUGAAUGUGCUACAGAUUUAGGAGCGUGCAUGCUCUGCGGCUGUGCAGAUGGAGGAGGCUUCCUCAGCCAUGCUGUGGUCCAUCCAGGAGGCUCUGGAGAGGCAGACCCUGCAGAUCGGAGCAUCUGCCUGCGGAGCCACAGCAGUGGUUGAUGUCCUGAAGGCUCUGGGAGUUGAUGUGGCUCCAGAAGAAGCUGACCGCUGCGUCAGGACGCGCUUGAGGAGGAACGAGUCUCCGCUGCCUGACUACCUGCUGUCCCGCAGUGAAGCUGGUGCGACCCAUGCUCAGCUCAUCCAGGGGGCAGAGGAGGCCAGCGGAGGGAAGGCAUUGGGUCGGUUCUUCCACCUUUAUCCCCGCCGUCGUAUCAGGUUGGUCCACUGGCUGGCACGCUGGAUCAGAAAGGGCGCCGUCCCCGUGGCGACCAUGAACAUGCAGCUGGCUGUGCCUGAUGGCGAGGAGGUGCCUGACGCUUGGCACCAUCAGCUAAUAUUUGGAGUCGCACCCAAUGCUGUGUUUAUGACCAACCCUUUGGAUGUAGUCAAUGAGAACGAGGUGCACCAGAGACUCUGCAGCCAAUCCGUGCUGCUGGUUCGUCGGGAAGACGUCCUGCAGAGGUUAGCGCCUGACUGCUCGCCGCCCGCCUUCUCAGAGGAUCAGUCCGACCCACGUUGGCGGGAGCUGGACGUCGACGGUCAAGUGAGAAAAAUGAUCUUGGAGGAGAUGGAAGAAGAUGGACCCAAAACGACUCACAUUACCAUCCCAGCUGCUUAUAGUUCAGGAAUUACACUGUUUGCACUGAGAGAUUCAGAGCUGGGAAGAGAACUUUUCGAGGCUCCUGAAGUUCCUCUCGAAUAAUCCAGCAUCUACACAUAAAUAAAGUUGGAAUAGAAAGCAGG